GCAUCUGUCGAAUUUCUUGUUAGCAACUUUGACGGGUUUUGCAUUUUUGAAGAACUUUGCUCGGUAGGUUUUUUGGGCAACGUACAAAUAGGAUUUAGCAGAAAUAUUAAAUAAUAAAACUGCAGAUAAACAUGUUUGUAAAAAAUGCUCGCUUACUGGCCAGACGUGGCACACAUUUGAUGCAAGCCCGUGGUUACGCGGACGAAAUGAAACUAACCUUUGCCGCUGCCAAUAAAACAUUCUACGACAAGGCCGAUGUACGCCAAAUUGACGUGCCAUCCUUUAGUGGUAGUUUCGGCAUAUUGGCUAAACAUGUACCCACUUUGGCUGUUUUAAAACCCGGUCUUGUUCAAGUCAUUGAAAAUGACGGUAAAACCUCCAAAUACUUUGUGUCUAGUGGCACCAUUACUGUUAAUGAAGAUUCCAGUGUGCAAGUAUUGGCUGAAGAGGCCCACGAUAUUAAAGAUAUCGAUGUUAGUGAAGCCCGUCAAUUGCUUUCCAAGUAUCAGUCUGCUAUAUCGUCAGCUAGUAGCGAUGCUGAUAAGGCUGAAGCGGCUAUUGCCGUUGAAUGCUGCGAAGCUCUUGUUAAAGCUGCCGAAUAAAUUUAUAUUUUUAGAUUAACCGCUAAAGUUAUGGUAACAACAUCUUUCAAUUCCCCUUAAAUAUAUUUAAGCUACGGUUCUUUUGGCGAAAAUAUACAUUUUCGCGUGCGGUUGAGAAUCGAAAAAGUAGUUUGAUAAUAAGGCGAAUUUGUAAAGUAAAAAUGACUAAAAUUCACAACUAAUAAAAUAUGAAAUAAAUCCAAA